AUGGGUUGUGUUUGCAAUAGUAAUACUUCCAAGACAUCAAUUUAAAGCACUUAACUAUCGAUCAAUAUAGCUGAACAAUAUAAAAGUAUGCCUAUUCGAUAUAAUUUGAAGAUAACAAGAAUAUUAAAACGUAGGAUAGUUUAGAGGACUUCUCCUAAUCUCUUUGUAAUAUCGGAUAAGAAAUUACAAGUUUGGGUUAAUUGAGACCUGAAGUUUAGGAGCAGAUAAAUGAAUUGGGAACUUUUAAGGCUAUAGAAUAGAUGGACACGGAUACUUCUAACUACUCAUAUCUUUUAUGUUCUGAUGGUUCUAUAUUUUAUGGUUCAGUGAUAAAUGGGAUUCGAAAUGGAGUAGGAAAAUAACAUUGGUUGACUGAAGGAAAUUAUUUGGAAAGGUAACUAUAAGGGAGUUAUGUUAGUUUUUGGUAGAAUGAUAAGGCUAAUGGACCUGCACGGAUGAUCUACUCAAAUGGAGAUGUGUAAUUUAAUAAGUUAUUUCUAGUUUUGAAGGUCAUCUAAUUGAUAAUAAAGCGAAUGGAUUUGGAGUUUUUAAAAAUAAAAAAAAAGAGGUUAGAGGUAGUUUUUGUUGUUAUUCAGGGUAUUGGAAUGAUAACAGACUCUCAGGUAAUGGAAUAGAAAUAAGAAAAAAUGGAAUUAAAUAUGAAGGUUAAUUUAAAGCCGGAAUAAUUGAUGGGAGAGGUUAGUUUACGUUUCCAGACGGCAGAAAGUAAUUAUACUAACCUAUUUUUAGAUAUUGUGGAUAAGUACAAUAAGGACUGCUGCAUGGAUAAGGUUUGAUGACCUGGCCCGAUUUUAGUUAUUUCAAAGGGGAAUUCAGAAACAAUCAUUUCAAAGGCUAUGGGUGUUAUACUGACAUCGAUUCUUAGACGUAUUUCGGAUAUGUAGAGAUUUUUGUUCUAUAUUUAGUUUUUUUCGGUUUACCAUCAAGACAUUAAAUAGAUGGAGAUUUUCUAUAGCAAAGAUCAUAAUAUAUAGGAAUGCAAUAAGCUGAAAAAAUUUAAGAAACUUUAUGGGGGAGAUCAUUAAUGA